GGUCACCCGUUGAUAAGAUAAGGAGCACAGUUAGUACAACAAGCUCUGACUUCCUGGUCUGCAUGUGCUUGUGGCAGCCAAGUCACAGGACGUGGUGUUGUGGCUACACUCCACGUUUCCUCCUGGGAUUUUGCACCUCCUAUCUUGUCAUUGGCUUUCUGAGCGACUGGAGGAGGAGUGAGGCAGCUCUGCUCUGUGGGCUACUGGAAGGUGUUCUGAGCUCCAGCUUGUGUUUUCCCUGCUUGGUGUGUUGCUACGAGAAAAACUUCUGCAUAGCAUGGCUGAUAGGAAGGCCUUAAAUCAUGAACUUUCUAAACUUUUCAAUGAGAUGUGGGAUAUGGAUGUUAACCGCUUUACACCUGGGAAAGAUUAUGCAAUUGAGCUGCAGGGAAAAGCAGAUGCUGUACAGCAAGGUGACAGUGCUGUCCGGGACAGUGCAGCCAGACAUCUGUUUCACUACGUAAAUGAAGAACGCCUGAAGAAUGUAAAAACUUUUGCAACCUUUAUUUCCUUAUUGGACAACUACGAGACAUCAACUGGAGUAGAAGAAGUAGUGACUCCAGAAGAAAUAGCUGAAAACAAUUGCUUUCUUGAUGCUAUCUUAAUGACAGGAGUAAUGAAACUAGCUCAUGAGUAUCUGCUUAAAAAAAAACUAGCAAAGCCAAACCUUGCUGAUUUCAAGUAUCAGCUCUAUGACAUCUGGUUCCAGCUCUAUCCCAGGAAAGAAGGAGACAGACCUGAUUCUUGUGGUUUUGAACAUGUUUUUGUUGGAGAAACAAGGCAUGGUAAACAGAUCUUAGGUUUGCACAACUGGGUGCAAUUUUAUCUUCAGGAAAAACAUAAUCAAAUUGACUACAAGGGAUACAUCACUCAGAAGAACAAAACCAGGCCUGAUAGCGAUGACCAAGUUUUGAGCAUUCAGUUCAGCUGGAAGGGCUCAGUCAAACCAAUUGGAAGCACCUUUAUUGGUGUCAGCCCCGAGUUUGAAUUUGCCCUUUACACCGUCAUUUUUCUGCUGUCUGAAGAAAGAGUCACACGUGAAACAGUGAAGAUAGAAGAAUAUGAGUUACAGAUAGUCGUUUGUCGCCAUGGGCACCACAUUGGAACAGCAUAUCCUGUACUCCUCAACACUAAUAAUGAAGACUAGUAUGUACAGUGAUCAGGCAACGUUUCUUCCUUUCUUUUUUUUUGGUGGAAGGGAGGGAGUAAAUUGAUGUGUUGUUUUGUACAAUUCAUUUCUAGUAUAAAUUUAUGAGUUGUUCGCUUUUGGUUUGCACUGAAGUGUUGAAUCAAUAGUAUGCCACGUUGAAGUCUCUGAGCCACGUUGAAAUAAGCUUCUCUUCAUAUUAAAGCCUGUAUUAAACUUGUA